AUAUGUUUUGGAAGAUAAAAGCCCCUAUGCACGGACUGGAAAGCCGAACCAGUAUGCUGAACUCUGGGGAGCUAAAGGUGAAAACAACAGAAAGUUGUUAGACUCAUUUGAGGAACAGCUAAGAUCUUUACACCUGCAAGAUCAAUCGUCAAUCAAGGACAGCAUCCCAGACCAGCAUCUGAAUGUUAAUCAACUGAUGAUCCGAUACAAAGGGAUUAGUAAGUCAGUAUUAAAGACUAUGGCUAGGAUGGAUCUGGAUAAGAUCAACUUGGAUCUAGUAGAAGCCCUACUAGAAUGGAUAGUGGAUGGAAAACACAAUUACCCUCCAGGUGCUGUUUUAAUAUUUUUGCCUGGCCUGGCAGAAAUCAAGUUACUAUACGAACAACUUCAGUCUAACCCUUUUUUCAACAACAGGCGUGACAAAAGGUUUGUAAUUCAAAGAA